CUUUAUCGCUUAUUAUUUUUGUCUACGUCCUGUCACGUGAAAACUCGAGCCAAACAAACACGAAUAAAUAAUUUCGCGAGAUCUAUAGUGAGCUAUCAAUAAUCGUAGGCACGUGCUUAUCAUUGAGCAGAUUUUUACAACUAGGUUACUUUAUUUUAACUAAAUGGUGGUUGAAAUUAUCUUUAUACUGACAUAUUUAUGUAUGUAAGGUUAUAACAAAUUCUUAACAAACUCGCACGAGUUCUUAAAAUAUUUAAUCUGCCUAAAUUCUAAUAAUGGUACUCUGUGUGUAAGAAUGGUGAUGUUAAGGGGGCCAAGAAAACGUCGCAAACCCUCUACUUCUUGUCACCAGGAACAGUGUUUCCUUAAAAAAAUUUGGAAAUUAGCUGAGCGAUGAAUGCAGUCAUUGCUCUUUGUACCUUUUGUGAGUUGCAUGGUCCAAAAGUUAUCUUUACAACACAAACUUUUAGAAAUUUUGACAAUCAAAACAAUGAAAAGCUUAAAUUUUAUGGACCCAAAGAGGUCCUUCGACAAGAUCAAUCAAUGAACUCAGAUACCCAAUGGGAUUGCCAAGGAUGUUACAGUCUAGGUAAUCACAAAUAUCUCAGUAAUGAACAUGAAACUAGAACUUCCUUUUUAUCAGCACAACAAUCUUUAAUGCAAGAGAUUUGUGCUCUUCUAAAAUACGCUUGUAUAAGAAGUCUGAGUUGUGAAGUACAUCCUGGAAAAGAAGGAGUCUGUUAUUUUGGAGAUGAAUCAAGAGGACAUGUUCUUAGUCACACAUUUUCUUUGAAAGAUGCUCAGGCAAGGGGCUUAAGGAAAUGGUGCAGUUUUAUAGUACUCAUGAAAGACAAACAAUACUUAUUAAAUAUGUGGCCUUUUCUUGUCGAUAACUUGAAAGAAAUCAUUCGAGAGCUUCAGGAAUUUGCUAUCAAAAAGUACAAUGCAGAAGAAGCAGAAUGUCCUCAAAGAGUAGUUCGCCUAGCAAAUGGUGACAAAUCAUCUAACAAGCUAUCACGAGGCUUCAGUGAAAUAACAAAUGAAAAAAAUGUUUUUGUAAGGGUGCACAUGUGGUUUGUUUGGAUAUUAAGUGCUGGAGCAAGACAUUUUGUAGAAGUGUUACCAUUGAGUUUGAUAGACGAAGAAAUAGAUUUUAAUUUAGGAGUUAGCUUAGAAUCUGACAAAGGCUUCACUUUAUUAAAUGCCAAAUCUCCUGUCAAUCUUAACGUGGAAAAUCAAAUUCCUGAUUUUAAGGACUUUACAGAUCUUAAUCCUGUAUCAGUUCUUAGAAAAUUGAAAAAUAAAGUCGGAUUCGAUCAAUUUCGUCAACUUCUGUACGCGACUUUGAUAGGAACUCAAAUUCUCAUAAGAGGUUCACCCGCGGAAACCUUGGAAUCUCUCUACGGCCUGUGUUCAUUAGUACCAAGAGCUUGUCAAAUAGUCAGAGUAGGAGCUAAGGAGUAUAUAGAUUCAAAAUCUUGUAAUUUUAUAAGUGUUGACACAUCGGUGGCCGUGCCAUUUCCGUGCGCGGCGGUCUGCAGACUUGACAUUUUACCCGAGGAGCAUUUAACCGAAGGCAACAAAUCGCACGUCGUCAGAUGGACGGGCCAGCUGCCCGCCAAAUUGCCGACUCUCCAGAUCAAGCUGGAAAAAGCAUUGGGCAACGACAAGUUGACCGACACCGUUCUGCACGUACACUUCUCGACGCUGCAAGAAGAGUGGUCGAACAUAUCUAAAGUCGUGCACGCGAUGCGAGGUCGAGGUCACCGGGGCGAUUUGACAAGUCUACUGAUAAGCUUAGGCGCGGGUCCGCAAGAUCGUAAGCUCAUCGAAGCCUGGUCGAUGGGAUUGCCUUCGAAUCCAGCGUAGAAAAUAAGUUAUCGUUCUUGAUAUUAUUAUUAUUAUUAUUAUUAUUAUUAUUUAAAUUGUAAAUACGCUUUGCCGUCUGCGUGUGUGAUUUUAUUUUUAUUAUUAUUAUUAUUAUUUUUUACGCGCCAAAGCACGAUUGUUACUCAUUCUACUUAAUUAUUUUUUUUUGCCCAAAAUCACUGUUGAAUACUAUAUGAAAAUGUUUCUUGUACAAAGUUAACGAUAUGAUGUAUAUUUUAUAUAUGUUAAAAAAUUUGUUACAGUCUACGAACUCGAAAAAA